CAUCAAUAACACAUUCCCCCUUCUCCCAAAAAAAAAAAAAAAAAAAAUCCCCAUGGUGGUGGCAUGCUGCCUGGUGUGCCACUUGGCGGUGGUCGUCGACAUGAAUCGCUGUGCUCCGGCCACCGGAAUUCCAUUGUCGUCGUCGUUAUCUUCUUCUUCUUCUUCUUCGUCGUCGCUAUCAUCAGCUUUUAAGCCUUCUUUUCAGUUCUCGGCUAUUCCCAGACUGGUCGGCUUCGGCUUCCGCUUGGAGUUCCGACAGAGAUUCCGGCGGCGUCUUAACUUCGUCGUCAGUGCGGAGCUUUCCAAGUCAUUCUCUCUCAGCUUCGGCUUGGAUUCUCAGGCCUUCCAGCCUCCUGAUCCAUCACAGUUACGGUGGGUUGGUCCUGUUCCAGGGGAUAUAGCAGAAAUUGAGGCAUAUUGUAGAAUCUUUAGAUCUGCAGAAUGGCUUCACGCUGCACUAAUGGACACAUUAUGCAAUCCAUUAACGGGUGAAUGUUAUGUUUCGUAUGAUUUCACCUCAGAUGAAAAGCCAGCACUGGAGGAUAAGAUCGUUUCCGUACUCGGUUGUAUGGUGUCCCUCCUGAACAAAGGUAGGGAAGAUGUUCUUUCUGGGAGAUCGUCCAUGAUGAACUCGUUUCGCUUUGCAGAUGUAAAUGCCAUCGAUGAUAAGCUCCCUCCACUUGCCAUUUUCAGGAGUGAGAUGAAAAGGUGCUGUGAAAGCUUGCAUGUUGCUCUUGAGAACUAUUUGAUGCCUGGUGAUGACCGAAGUUUGGAUGUUUGGAGGAAACUUCAGAGACUAAAGAACGUCUGCUAUGAUUCCGGUCUUCCCCGUGGGGAGGAUUAUCCCACCCAGACACUGUUUGCAAAUUGGACUCCUGUGUACUUGUCCAGUUCUAAAGAAGAGCUAGGAUCCAAUGAUUCCGAGGUAGCUUUCUGGAGGGGUGGUCAGGUUACAGAAGAAGGUCUAGAGUGGUUAGUGAAGGAAGGAUGUAAAACCAUAGUUGAUCUUAGAGCAGAGAAUAUAAAAGAUAACUUUUAUCAAGCGGCCAUAGACAAUGCAAUUGCAUCUGGGAAAAUUGAAUUAGUCAAAAUUCCAGUUGGAGUUGGGACUGCGCCUUCAAUGGAGCAGGUUGAGAAGUUCGCGAGUUUGGUUUCAGAUUGCAGCAAAAGACCUAUCUAUCUUCACAGUAAAGAAGGGAUUCAGAGAACUUCUGCCAUGGUUUCCAGAUGGAGACAGUUCAUGACCCGCUUUGGUUUGCAGCUCAACUCCAAUCAAUUAAUCGCUCCAGAUGCUGCAUCGUUACAAGGGAAGAACAGAACAAUAAAAGGGCAGAAGUCUUCCAUUUCUGAAAAAGAGCCCCUCCUGGAAAACGAAAUUCAGUCACUAAAAGAGACGUCAGAUACAGUUGACGGUGUAAGUGCGGUAAAUAAGGAAGACGAAAUGAAUGGAAGCUCUAAUGGAGUUUACAAUGACGUUAUUUAUAACCAAGGAAUGACAUCAGUAGAAACUGAAAAUGGCCGGGACGUAUCUCUGACCAACUCCUUCACUGAAAUUGACCCGUUAAAGGCUCAGGUUCCUCCUUGCAAUUUUUUCUCCAGAAAAGAAAUGUCCGUGUUUCUUAGGAAGAAAAGGAUUUCACCUCCUAAUUAUUUUAAUUACCAGUUGAAAAUGUUGGAGAAGUUACCUGUUUCAAGAGAUAUGUAUAUUGGGACAAAACAGAGAGGUGAGACUCUUGGUAAUGAUCAAGUAACUGGACUUGCUAAAAGUUCUAAUCGAUUAGACAAUGGAAAAAAACUAUCUCCAAAGCCCCAGAAGACAACAUCUGGCAAUGGGGAAUAUUUGACUGGUGCUAGUUGUGUUUCUGUUGGUCGAGUUGUGAAUGGGUUGACGGAAAGUAAGGGAAAUUCUGUCCUGGAAUCUAAUACAUCUGUCACUGUAAGCAAUACCUAUAACGGGCAUGUUGAAUCUAAAUUGGCAGAGGAGAUUCAGAAGAGCAAUGGUAGAGCCCCAUUAGUUUCUAGUGAUGAUGAGAUGGGUCCAGUUGAAGGAGAUAUGUGUGCUUCUACAACCGGUGUUGUAAGGGUCCAGUCAAGAAAAAAAGCAGAAAUGUUCUUGGUCCGGACUGAUGGAUUCUCUUGUACCAGAGAAAAGGUGACGGAGGCCUCCUUAGCCUUCUCACAUCCAAGCACACAGCAGCAGAUGCUGAUGUGGAAAACUACGCCAAAGACGGUGUUACUGUUGAAGAAGCUGGGGCCAGAGCUCAUGGAGGAAGCUAAAGAGGUUGCGUCCUUCUUGUAUUACCAAGAGAAUAUGAAUGUUCUUGUGGAACCUGAUGUCCACGACAUAUUUGCAAGAAUCCCUGGGUUUGGAUUUGUGCAGACCUUUUAUAGUCAAGAUACCAGUGAUCUGCAUGAGAGGGUUGAUUUUGUGGCAUGUUUGGGGGGAGAUGGCGUCAUACUCCAUGCGUCAAAUCUAUUUAGAGGUGCUGUUCCUCCGGUUGUAUCUUUCAAUCUUGGAUCUCUUGGAUUUCUGACUUCUCAUACUUUUGAAGACUUUAGGCAGGAUUUAAAACAUGUCAUCCAUGGAAAUAACACACGAGAUGGUGUGUACAUAACUCUCCGAAUGCGUCUCCAGUGUGAAAUUUUUCGAAAUGAUAAAGCUGUGCCUGGGAAAGUAUUUGAUGUCUUAAACGAGGUUGUUGUUGAUCGGGGUUCUAAUCCAUACCUAUCUAAGAUUGAAUGUUAUGAACAUGACCGGCUCAUAACUAAGGUGCAAGGUGAUGGGGUUAUAGUAGCCACACCAACAGGAAGUACUGCAUACUCCACCGCUGCGGGAGGUUCCAUGGUGCAUCCAAAUGUUCCUUGCAUGUUGUUUACACCAAUCUGCCCUCAUUCUCUGUCGUUUAGACCAGUUAUACUUCCAGAUUCUGCACGGCUUGAAUUAAAGAUUCCAGACGAUGCUAGAAGCAAUGCAUGGGUUUCUUUUGAUGGGAAGAGAAGGCAACAGCUUUCAAGAGGGCAUUCCGUUCGGAUAUUCAUGAGCGAGCACCCACUUCCGACUGUUAACAAGUCUGACCAAACUGGUGACUGGUUUCGCAGCUUGAUUCGUUGCCUGAAUUGGAAUGAAAGGCUAGAUCAGAAGGCUCUUUGAAAUCUCUGAAAUCUAGACUCAAGAUUCAUGUAAAUUACUGUACAUACUGUAUAUUGAGACUACAGGAAUCAUAGCUUAAAGAGUAAAAUAUUGAUCAUCUAGUGGAUGAUUAUGCCUUUGGCCUUUUUUUUUUCUUUUUUUUUUUUU